ACCUCACAAGACCCCACCGCAUAAUUUUGCCUCAAAUCCGCAAGUAAACCAACCCCUUCUCUAACACUUGUCUUCAAUUUCACAAAAAACGCCCACUCACUCCCCACUCGCUCGCCACUCCCUCCUCAAUUCUUCUAACCGCCCACCUGGCACCACGUUUCAAAUUCCGUGGAUGCUUUCUGUUUUUCUCUUAUAAAGCCUUCUUUUCUCAAUUGAGUCAUCCUCUUCCACUUCAUCUCUUUUCUCUCUCGCUUUGCAUUUCUUUUCUGUUGUUUCGCCAUGGCCUCUGCUGCUACUCUUAGCCCUGCUGAUACUGAGAAGCUUUCCAAGCUUAAAGCUGCUGUUUCUGGACUUACCCAGAUAAGUGAGAAUGAGAAAUCUGGAUUUAUCAACCUUGUCUCUCGCUAUCUCAGUGGGGAAGCACAGCAUGUUGAAUGGAGCAAGAUCCAGACUCCAACAGACGAAGUAGUGGUUCCUUAUGAUUCCUUGGCACCUGUAUCUAAUGAUCCUGCUGAAACUAAGAAACUAUUGGACAAACUUGUUGUUUUGAAGCUUAAUGGAGGUUUGGGGACCACAAUGGGCUGCACAGGUCCUAAGUCAGUUAUUGAAGUGCGGAAUGGUUUGACAUUUCUUGACUUGAUUGUUAUCCAAAUAGAGAAUCUUAAUUCCAAAUAUGGGUGCAACGUUCCUUUACUUCUGAUGAACUCAUUUAACACUCAUGAUGAUACCCAAAAGAUCAUUGAGAAGUACAAAGGUUCAAAUGUGGAUAUUCAUACUUUCAACCAGAGCCAAUAUCCACGUUUGGUUGUUGAUGACUAUCUUCCACUCCCUAGCAAAGGACGCACCGACAAGGAUGGAUGGUACCCUCCUGGACAUGGUGAUGUUUUCCCAUCCUUGAAAAACAGCGGCAAACUUGAUGCCCUGAUAGCUCAGGGUAAGGAAUAUGUCUUUGUUGCAAACUCUGACAACUUAGGUGCUGUUGUGGACUUGCAAAUUUUAAAUCAUUUGAUACGGAACAAGAAUGAGUACUGCAUGGAGGUGACUCCUAAAACCUUGGCUGAUGUGAAGGGUGGUACUCUUAUUUCUUAUGAAGGGAAGGUUCAGCUGCUUGAAAUUGCUCAAGUCCCUGAUGAACACGUCAAUGAGUUCAAGUCAAUUCAGAAAUUCAAAAUUUUCAACACCAACAAUUUGUGGGUGAACUUGAAAGCAAUUAAAAGGCUUGUGGAAGCCAAUGCACUUAAGAUGGAGAUUAUUCCAAAUCCCAAGGAAGUUGAUGGGAUUAAAGUUCUUCAACUCGAAACAGCAGCUGGUGCAGCAAUCAGGUUCUUUGAUCAUGCAAUUGGUAUUAAUGUACCACGAUCACGAUUUCUUCCCGUCAAAGCAACUUCAGAUUUGCUUCUUGUUCAGUCUGAUCUCUAUACUUUAGUUGAUGGCUUUGUCCUUCGCAACAAUGCUAGAAAAGAUCCUUCCAAUCCUUCUAUUGAAUUGGGGCCCGAAUUCAAGAAGGUCGGUAACUUCCUGAGCCGAUUCAAGUCAAUUCCAAGCAUCAUUGAACUUGAUAGCCUUAAAGUGGUUGGCGAUGUUUCGUUUGGGUCUGGUGUCGUUCUCAAGGGGAAAGUGACUAUUUCGGCUAAACCAGGGACAAAAUUGGCGGUACCCGAUAAUGCCUUGAUAGCAAACAAGGAAAUCAAUGGCCCAGAAGAUUUUUAAACCUUUGGUUGCCUUUCACAACUCUUUCAGAGCAGAAACUUUAUGGCAUUUGUGUACCCCUUUUUUCUUUUCUUUUAAUACCAACAAAAUCAUGCAGUUUUGUCUGUAAUAUGCGUCCAGUUUGGGAACUGGUGUUUUUGAUAUGAUGAACUUUGUUGGGAUUAAAAACAAAAUGAGUUUAUAUUAAUAUAUAAUACAGAAUAAGCAAAAGUUAAGAUUCCUAUGAAAAUUUGGGAUGGGUGCUUUA